AUUCGGGGUGUGGCUAAUAGGACUCGUGUUAGAAUUUGAAUUCGGCUCACAAUUUCCAACAUUUAUUUCGCUUCAACCAGAAACAUUGGUUGUAAAAAAACAUAUUUACCAUAAAUUCCCCUGUUAAAAUUUGCGUAUUUAACACUAGCCGCUUUAACCGCUGUUGUAACGCUAGCUAGUGGCACCGCUGUGGGAAGACAUCUGUACAUAGAGUCCACUUGCGAUGAAAGCCGGUGUCCACUGCCAUUGCUCAAAAUGCUAUUCCAUCCCACUUCGAAAGAGGGUCCGCUUGCGUACACCGGCUGUCACCCUGCUGAGUCUUCCACAGGAGGUUCUCCUGUGUGUGCUCCAGUGCCUCUCCGCUGAAGACCUGCUGUCUGUCAGAGCUGUUCAUUCUCAGUUGCGUGACAUUGUUGACAACCACCCCAGUGUUUGGGCCAGGGUCAGUUUCAGGGACACUUGGCCAUCCCCCGACAAUUUAUGGUUAUUUGAAAGAGCUGCAGAAAAAGGGAAUUUUGAAGCAGCCGUGAAGUUGGGGAUUGCUUAUUUGUACAACGAAGGACCGUUGCUGAGCGAUGAGGGCCGGGCGGACGUGUGUGGAAGGAAAGCCUCCCACUUCUUCAGCCUGGCUGAAGGCCUGCGCUCUCCCACCGCCGAUCCUUUCACCUGGCUGUUCAUCCGGCCGCCGUGGUCCCCCACCGGCAGCUGCUGCAAGGCGGUUGUCUUUGACCGUCUCAAAGCCGAGUGCGACGACAACAUGGAGAAGAGGGGCCCAUUGUUGCACUGUUUGGCGAGAGUCUUGCAGCUGUUUGAGGAGGAUGAGAAACGUUGCGAAGCUGUAUCCAUGUUGGAAGGUUCUUCGCAGGCAGGAUGUUUGCAGAGCUCCUAUCUCUUAUGGGAGAACAAUCGCAAAGCAGCUAUGUCAGAUCCAGGCAGGUACCUCCAGUGUGUUCGAACCCUCAGGGACUAUGCUGGAAGAGGAUGCUGGGAGGCACAGCUCUCUCUGGCCAAAGUGUGCAGCAGUGGCAACCCACUGGGCUUGGAGGCCAAGGCCUGCUCCGACUUGGUGUCACAGCUUUUUAACUUCCCUCAGCAGGCAGCGCAGGGUGGCAAUCACAACAUCCUCAAGCGAGGCAUUAAGGACACCAUGAGGUAUAUCCUGGUGGACUGGCUCGUGGAGGUGACCACAAUGAAGGACUUCUCCAGCCUGACGCUGCACGUGACCGUAGGGUGCGUGGACCGCUACUUGGCCCUGCGUUCAGUCCCUAAGGUCUGCCUUCAGCUGCUGGGGAUCGCCUGCAUGGUGGUUUGUACACGCUACAUCAGUAAGGAUAUCCUUACCAUAAGAGAAGCUGUGUGGCUCACAGACAACACCUACAAGUACGAAGACCUGGUUCGAAUGAUGGGAGAAGUCGUCUCCGUGCUCGAAGGGAAGAUAAGGAGCCCCACACUGCUGGACUACGGCGAGGUGCUGUUGUCCCUUCUCCCUCUGGAGCGACGGACCACUCACCUCUUCAGCUACAUCUGCGAGCUGUCCCUUCUCUACUCUGCCCUUGCCACGCCGCCUCCUGCCAAGUUGGCCUGCGCUGUGCUGCUGCUUACAAGAGCCCUGCAUCACUACGCUCCCGUCUGGCCCAGCCAGCUAGUGGAUUACACUGGCUUCUUCAAGCAGGACCUCACCCAGCUUUCUGUGCUGCUUUAUGUCAAAUGUUUCAGUCAAGAUGCUCCCAAAGACUACAGACAUGUGUCUCUUACGGGCGUGAAGCAGCGUUUCGAAGAUGAUAUCUACCAGCACGUCAGCAGGGAGAAGGUGAUGGAUUAUAAAGACCUGUGUCAGAUUCUUGGGAUUCCCGAAGUGGAGCCUCAGAUGGAGCCCCCCAGUCCCACUGGCCAACCAGCAGACAUCCACACUUUCCUGGCUUCUCCAUCUAGCACCAGUAAAAGAAAGCGCAAUGACAGCAUGCAGGCCGACAGAGGCAGCCGCGUGACAACGCCCACGGCAGAGCUAUCCAAUCAGGAGGAGACGCUGCUGGACGACAUCCUAGACUGGAGUCUGGACACUUCCUCAUCCGGCUACGAGGGCGACCAAGAGGAGAGCGAGGGCGAGAAAGAUGGAGAUUAUUCAAUGAUAUCCAUCCAACUGGACCCCGUCAGCGACGCAGACCGAAGACGAGAACAUUGUCGAGCCCUGUCCAGUGACGAAGACAGCUUCAGCGAGGCGGACGGCGAGGAAACGAAGCUUGACCGGGAAGCAUUUUGCUACAGUUCAGGCUACUCGUCGGUGCAGAGCGUCAGUCCGUCCUCCUCCUCUUCCUCUUCUCUUGUUCCAUGCUCCCUCAAGACUUUUACCACUUCUUCCGCUGCCUCUGCUCAUUCCCAGCCGGGCUUCCGCCUUUUAGUGCCCGUGCACAGACCUCGUGGCCACUCCAGCAAGCAAGUGAAGAGGAAGAACUCUGCAGCACACAGUGGAGGCGAUGUGGAAAGGGAGGAGGAUGAGGAAGAGGAAGAAGAAAAGGAGGAAGAUGAGCUGUAUUCAGCCACUGUCGGUUUUCGGAUUCUAUAGACCGAUGACCACUUGCAGUCACUCGGUUAUUCUCCUCCAUCAGCACUUUUUUUCCGAUUCCUCUGUAAAAUCUGUGGGCUUGGCUGCGUGCUCAUAACGUGAGGUUUAAAGACAAGGGAAACAAUGUAAUACAUGGAAUGGCAUUAAUUACACAAAGCUUAUUUGGAGUGGACAAAAGUCAAAGUUAUCCAAUGAAUGUCUCAGUUUUGUUCAAUCAACAGUUGUCAUAUUAUAUGGUGUGCAUUUCACUGUCAGUGUUUACAGGAGAGCUGUCAAAAUAAUACCUCUCAUGCACUAUAACAGUACACCUAUCAGGGUGUUAACCUCAUUGGAUGGUUUUAAAAUAGAUGUGAGGAAACCAGACUUUUUAAUGCACUGUCUGUACAAGAACACCUUGUAUUUACUGGGCGGCUUUGACUGAUCUUGCCGUGUAUGCCAAAGGUACUGCGGUGUUACCUUUUUUUCUAUGUUGGAAAAUACAACUGUGAAUAUUUUAAAAGUGCAGAGCAACCUUUGGAUUUCAAAUACAAACCAAAUGCCAUAUUUAUUUUUAAAGCCUCUUUUUUUUUUUAAAGAAAAAAGAUGAAGGUUUCAUUACUUUUCUUUUUUACCACCUCCAAACUAUACUGCAAAUGUACAUGUAACCAUUUAAUACAUGUAUUUAUUUCGACUAUACGUUGUUGCUGUGUCAGGGAAAUUAGGGUAAUAAAAUGUACGUGUUUUUUUUAUGUACACAGGUGACCUAAUAGCAACACUACUGUGGCUGACUGAACAUUCAUAUUACGCAGUUCAACUGGUUUUCUCCUGUGUUAAUGUACAUAGUGUUUUUAUGUCUAAGAACAACAAACAUGCCACUACUACUUGAAAUGUUUUAUUUGUCAUUCCACACUAGGGCAGCCUUUUUAUAAUUUUUUAAAUUUCCCUUUAACAGACUUGCGAUAUCUUUUUGAAUCAAUAAACUCGCAUGUCAUAUUAUGUUGUUGUUUUUUUGCUCUAUGUGAUGUUGUUUUUUAUUUUUUUAAACUUUU